AACAUAUUUGUAAAUGGCUUAAUAAACUCCAAAACAAAAUAAUUCUAACAACAUUAAUACCAAAUUACAAUUCUCUUCUAAUUAAAAACAAGCUAUUAAUUCAUCUCAAACUAUUGAUAAUGAUGUAAUUACCAGUAAAAAGAAGGUAAAAUAUUAUACUGAAAUUUUAGGAAGUGUAUGACAGAUUAAUGAGUUCUUAAACUAAUAGAGAUAAUCAAACAGAAGUAUCCUAAUACUUUGAUCAUUUAGGAGGUAUUUUGAAUAAAUAUAAAACAAAAAGGUAAAUGUUUAUGUGCAUUAUGUAACUGUGGGAAACAUAAAUGUAAUGGCAAAAAUUGCAUACAUAAGCCUUAAUUGCAUGGGAAUUAUACUAUUUAUUAAAAAGAGUAUUAGAAAAAGACACCAGAGACUGGAUCUAGAUAUAAUUAGAAUAUAUUCACUUAACCAAAAGCAGAAGGUGAUCUUGGAAAUGUGACAACAUAUAAAGUAUUAAUCUCAAUCCUAAUCAAAAAGCAUGAUUUUCCUGGAUAUAAUAGCAAAGCAGAGCUGUAGAAAAAUUCAUAGAAACCAACUGUAAGUGGAGUCCCUUUCUCUGGAUUGUCAACCUAUAACAAUAUGUACUUAAAUUGGGGAAUGGGUGAUACACCUUAACUUCUACCAUAAAACAAUCCUACUGUUAUAAAAGAAAUGCCUUUUAUGGGAAGAAGUAUAUAUAAAGACAGUUACUAAGGAGCCUAAGCUCCUCCAGCAUAGAGUUGUAAGAAUAUGAAUAAAGCCAUGAAGUAUUUAAUAAAUUUAUUCAGAUCCCCAUUAUCUCCACCAGAUUUGUAAUUUUCAGCAGAAUCAAUAGCUAAAUCAUCAUAUAAACCAUUUAGAACAGAUAAAGUUCCUACAGCUAAGAAUCAAUAAAAUGUAUUCUCUUCUAUUUAUAUAAUAGCCAAGUUUAAAUCCCUCAUAUAAUGGCCAGUAUAAUAGUGAAUAUCGUAAAGAAUUUGAUCCAAAAAGUUUAAAUUAAUGUCCAGCCAAAGAAGUAUUAGAAGAAGUUGCCCGCAAUACAGAAUUUUGAAGAUUUAAAUGAUUUUGAUUAAAGAGAAU